AUGGUUGCAAGAACUGUGCUCGCGCGCGCCUUUGGCUACGUCGACCCCAAUUUCCCGAAUCCGGGGGGUAAAAAUGACACCUCCGUGAUCAUCUAUGGCUACACCCCAUCCAUCGCGCUGGCGGCCUUUGCGGCAGCGUGGUUUUUCCUGCACCUGGUCCUCCACACCGUCCAAACGUGCAGAUUUCGAAGCUGGUGGUGGAUCACCUUUUCGGUCGGCAUGAUCUUUGAAAUUGUCGGCUACAUCGCCAGAGGCUUGUCCGCAAAGAAGGACCCCUACAAUCUCAAUUACUUUGUUUUGAACUACUUCUUCAUCGUCACUGCGCCUGUCUUCAUCGCCGCCGGUAUCUACACCAUCUUGUCCGCGCUCAUCUCGAGGCUCGGAUCCCAAUAUUCGUUCCUCCGACCGACCAUCAUCCUGGCCUUCUUUAUCACCUCGGACGCGAUCUCGACGAUCGUGCAGAUUGCAGGCGCAACCCUGAUCGGUGUGCGCGAAUCCAACCGGGAAGAUCCCACCACCGCGAACAACAUUCUCCUGGCCGGCCUGGCGUAUCAGGUCUUCGCAAUGAGCGUGUUCGUCAUCCUGAUGGCGACAUUCCAGUUCCGGGCCCGUCGGGCCAUCAAGGAGCACCGCUUGACGGUCUUCUGUCUCUCCUUUACCGUUGCUACGCUGAUGGUUUACAUGCGUACCAUCUUCCGCCUCAUCGAGACGGCGGAAGGUCUUGGGAGCAAGCUUUCCACACACGAGGUCUACUUUGCCUGUCUUGAGUUUGCCCCCAUCGCCCUGGUCGCGCUCCUCCUGUGCAUUUGGCACCCCGGUCGUUGCUUGGGACCCAAGGUCCGCGCUCACAACGAGAAACUGGCGAGACGCCACGGGUCGGACCCCGUCUCUAUGGCUUCUUAG